GAUGGAGGGCCUGAGUUUAAGGGCGCAGCCCGAGAACUCCUCGAGAGAUACGGCGUCGCUGUCAUCUUGAGUUCGCCUUACCAUCCCCAAGGCAACGGCAUAGCCGAGCGCGACGGUAAGACUCUCCAAGACGCUAUCCUGCGGUGCUCGACCGGUUAUACCCCAUUCUUCCUCACCUACGGACAACACGCACUCUUCCCCUUCGAUAUCUCUGACCGCACCUGGCACGUCCUUGAUUGGGAUACUGUCCAAUCGACGGAGGACCUCCUCGCGCUUCGUAUCAAACAACUCGCGCGCCGUGAAGAGGACAUUGGAUCCGCCGUGCAACAC